AUGAUUGGGGAACCUGCAGAUCCAUUUGCAACUCCUUUGGAAAUAUUGCCGGAAUGGUAUUUCUUUCCCGUAUUUCAAAUACUUCGUACAGUACCCAAUAAGUUAUUGGGUGGAGUGUUAAAGUCCGUAAUUAUUAAUAAAGAAUAA